AGCAUGAGGCCUGAGAACCAGAGCAGUGUGUCUGAGUUCUUCCUCCUGGGGCUCCCCAUCCCUCCAGGGCAGGAGGGCAUGUUCUCUGCCUUGUUCUUGGGCAUGUACCUGACCACAGUGCUGGGUAACCUGCUCAUCAUCCUGCUCAUCAGGCUGGACUCCCGCCUGCACACACCCAUGUACUUCUUCCUCAGCCACUUGGCCUUCUCUGACAUUUGUCUGUCAUCUGUCACUGUUCCUAAGAUGCUCAUGAACAUGCAGACUCAGCAACAAUCCAUUCCCUAUGUGGGAUGCAUUUCUCAGUUAUAUUUUUUCAUACUUUUUGGUAGUCUUGACAAUUUUCUUCUGGCAGUGAUGGCAUACGACCGGUACGUGGCCAUCUGUCACCCUCUACACUACACCAUCAUCAUGAGGAAGGGGCUGUGUGUGCUGCUGGUGACUGCCUCCUGGAUUAUAGCCUGUGACCAUGCACUUUUACAUACCCUCCUGCUGGUCCAACUGUCCUUCUGUGCCAACAAUGUCAUCACCCACUUCUUCUGUGACCUCACUGUGCUCCUGAAGCUCAGCUGCUCAGACAUCUCCCUCAAUGAGCUGGUCAUCUUCUCUGAGGGAGGAACGCUUUAUUUUCCACCUUUGGCUAUUGUUUUGGGCUCAUAUAUCCGUAUAGGGACCAUCAUCCUAAGGACUCCCUCCACUAAGAGACUCUUCAAAGUGUUCUCUACCUGUGGCUCCCACCUCCUUGUAGUGUCUUUAUACUAUGGGACACUUGCUGUUGUUUACUUUUUGUCCUCAUCAUGGGAUUCCAAAAACAUAACUGCUUCAGUUAUGUAUACAGUAGUUACCCCCAUGCUGAACCCCUUCAUCUACAGCCUGAGGAACAGAGAUAUAAAGAAGGCCUUAGAAAUGUUUGUCGACAGGAUUAACUUAUUUAAGUAG